GCUCUCUCUCCCUCCCCCGCCGGAGUCUGUCUGUGUGAGUGCGGCAGUAGCAGGAGGACCCGGUGUGUGUGUACCGGCCAGUGAGGAGACUCCGCUAUCCCUGACAGCGCGCCAUGUCUGCUCCAUAACUGCCGAGCUCGCCGUGUGUCGGCUGCUUAAUUCAUUCCUCCCUCAGCGAGCAGCCGGCUCUCUCCUCACACGCAGCCCCUCCAUGGCGGGUGUCCUGAGCACCGAGGAGGACCGCAGCAGCAGCCGAGCCGCCAUGAGGGUGCUGCCCCCCAGCCCGGAGGAGGGCGCCUACCGGCGGGCGGGCGGCCCGGGGCUGUCCCAGGUGCAGGAGGAGUGUGUGAGCGAGGCUCCCGCCGCCGUGCCCGGGGAGGAGGACGUGAGGAAGCGCGGCUACCUGAGGAAGCAGAAACACGGCCACAAGCGAUACUUCGUGCUGCGGAGCCAGAGCCACCUGGGGCCGGCCCGGCUCGAGUACUAUGACAACGAGAAGAAGUACCGGAGCGGCCAGCGGGGCGGGGGGGCUGCCGGGGCCGCCUGCCAUCCCAAGCGGGUCAUCCCCCUCUACCUGUGCUUCACCGUGAGCCGCCGGGCCGACGCCAAGAACCGCUACCUGCUGGCCCUCUACACCAAGGACGAGCACUUCGCCAUGGUGGCCGACAGCGAGCAGGAGCAGGACUCCUGGUACCAGGCCCUCAGCGAGCUCAUCAACGAGAGCAAGAGGGCCUGUCUGGACAGCGAGGAGCUGGAGGAGAACUACGGGCCCCUGAGGGCCGGCACGGUGUUCAAGGAGGUCUGGCAAGUGACAGUGAAGCCGCGGGGUCUGGGCCAGACCCAGAACCUGACCGGGGUGUACCGGCUGUGCCUGUCCAGCAAGGCAGUGCACCUGGUCAAACCCAACUCGGACGUGACCUGCGUCCACUUGCUGCUCAUGAACAUCCGACGGUGCGGCCACACCGAGAACUUCUUCUUCAUAGAGGUGGGACGCUCGGCCUCCACCGGCUCUGGGGAGCUCUGGAUGCAGGUGGAUGACUGUGUGGUGGCCCAGAACAUGCACGAAAUCUUCCUGGAGACCAUGAAAGCCUUAAAAGCCUACUCGGAGUUCAGACCCAGGAGCAAGAGCCAGUCUUCGGGUACCAACCCCAUAUCUUUUAUCACUACCAGGAGGUAUCUGGGCAACCUGCCUCCUAGCCAGACAGGACUGCAGAGAAGGUCCAGGACAGAAAGUUUGGCCGGUACUCCACCUACGUCCAAGAACAACAACUCCUACCGCUUUAGGACCUCCAGUGAGGGUGAAGGUACAAUGACCAGGCCCUUCAGGUCAGUGACUGGUAGUUUGAUACACUUAAGUGCUGCCCGGAUAAAUCUAGGAAAGCAGGAAGGUACUGUCAGAUAUGUGAGAGCACCUUUUAAUUCUGGGUACCACACCAGGUCUGCCUCAUUGCCAGUCUCCCAAAAUCUAUCUGGUACAAGUCCUAUCAGUGUUAGUUCAAGUAGUGGGAAUGGAUCUGUACCUGAUACACUAAAUAAACCAUCAAGUUCUUCUACAUGUGGCUCUCCUAGUGAUGGGGGAUUUAUUUCCUCAGAUGAAUAUGGCUCAAGCCCUGGUGAUAUAAGGUACUUUCGUGUCAGGAGUAAUACUCCAGAUUCACUGGGAAACACCCCCCCAAUUCAAGAAGAAAAUACCUUAAGUGACUACAUGUCCAUGAGCACCCAAAGCAAUCCUGAUGCUCCAGAUGAUUACAUGGAAGGUGACAAAGGUUUUAGGAAAAGAACAUACUCUUUAACAAAGCAAACCAAUCCACUACAGCACAAAUCCCAGACAGCCAUUUCUUUAGAAGAAGACUCAGAAGAGAUUAACAAGCAGUUUGCCUACUCUGAAUCACCAAAGUUGAAAGACAGCAAUCACCCAGAGGAUUACAAUAAUGGUAUUAUUGAUUCCCUUUACAACCAAAGCAGGAGUAAAGCCAAGGAUGAUGGCUACAUGCCAAUGAUGCCUUCUCAUUCAUAUGACAGUGACUAUUUGCCAAUGGCUCCUAAAAGUGUUUCUGCACCAAAACAAAUAGCUAAUAGAUGUUCUCCUCAGGCAGAUUCAAAAGGGUAUAUGAUGAUGUUUCCUGUAGCUAAUUCACCUAUUAGAAAUUUGUAUACUGGAAGUAACACUAAAGAUAGCCAGGCGAAAGUUACUAAUGGAGGGUAUAUGGAUAUGUCCUAUGGAAAUUCUUCCACUGUGAAGCAGAAUGGUACUAAUCUCACUGGUGGUUCUAAAGGGUUUACAUCUUAUUUUUCACUACCUAGGGGCUUUAAGAGUAAAAAUAAUAUUGAUAACAGCGAGUAUGUUCCAAUGUUUUCCCCUGGAAAGUUACUGAAUCAGGGGAUUGAAACUCUUGCUGAUGUGUCUAGGGAAGGAACAUCUAAUGGGGUGGCCAAGGUUGAGUUAAAAUCUUCCAACAUUAUCCUGGAUCAACAAGAUAGGGCUACAAGACCAACUAAACUUACCUUGGCUAUGAGAGAGAGCAAUACAAUACCAAGAAUGUUUGACCACUCUUCAGUUGAACCUACAAGUCCAGGAGAAUACAUAAACAUUGACUUCAGUGAUAAAGCAAGUAGUACUCCAUAUUCACUCUCAGCAGAAGGGUCUCCAUCCUCUUUAGGAUCAAGCUGUGACCAUAGACACUCUCCUCUAUCUGAUUACAUGAGUGUGGAUAUUGAUGUGCAGUCUCCAAAAGCAGAACUAUCUAAUUCAUUAACAGACAUUUCAACUUAUGCACGGACCAGCAUUUCUCAAAAUCCGCCUUGUACAGAAUAUGCUAAACUCCCAAGUGGUACAGCGUGUGUUAGCCCAACAAACCAAAAUGAUGACUACACUACCAUGACUUUCAAUUUGGCAAUGACUCCUCCAAAACCCCUUUCCAGUGAAAAUGGAGCAAAAAUUGAUAGUCCUUCAUCUAUUGUGAAUCGCCUGUGUAUUGGUGAAGUGUCCUCUUUUAAUGGUGGUUUCCCUCCCGUUCCCAUCCCUACAUCAGAAUCUAUAGCUGGUCCUAAAGUUAUCCGUGCUGACUCGCAUGGCCGGAGGCGGCACAGUUCUGAGACCUUUUCCUCUUCCAACACAGUGACUACUUCCUCAUCUUGCUUUACUGAAAGUGGGAAAAGGCACAGUUCUGCCUCUUUUGACAAUGUUUGGCUGAGACCUGAUGAGAGUUGUGGUGAACAAGAGUGUAAAAUGUCAAGAAAUUGCUCCACAGGGUUUCAGAAUGGCUUAAACUACAUUGCGUUGAGCAUGCAUGAUGGUGUCCAUGAACCUGCACCAGCAUUGUGCCAUCAGCAGCAAAAUGGGAGCAGAAAUUUGGAGAGUGGUGCAUAUGUCAGCAUUGACUUUUCAAGAACAGACUGUUUGAAGUGCCCUGCAUCGAGAAAAGACUGAGUGAAUUACCAUGGAAACCAAUGGAGAAUGUCACCCCAGCCCUUUCUAGUUGAAAACCAGGAUAAGGUGACUUAGAAAGACAAAAUGCGUGAAGUUGUGUUGAAUUUCAAAUGGAUUCAUACCUUUCUCAAACAGAUUAAUGUACAGCCAUUUGAAGCUUAUAUAAUGGUAUUGAAAAAAGGAAGCCGCUUUUUUUUUUCUCAACACUUAUUUUUAUGAGAAAUGAAAUCUCAUAAGGAGUCUCACUAUUUGCAUAUGAAAUAUUGCUAUGUAUUUAACAAGCGGGUCAGACUUGUGAAAUGGAGCAGAGACUGCUUCCACACUGCUGUUUUGGGGGACUUGUACAGUAUAGAUCUGCUCUUCGAGCCUUUAAAAUAGGUGCCAUAGUGGUACCCAACAGAAUAAACUUUAUGACUCUCUAAGGAGGUUCCUUAGGGAUAGUGACUGUCUGCUUCCUCAUUGCUCUAUAUAUAUUUUUUUUUUCUGGUACAAAAACUAUUAAAUAUGUAAAGUUGAGAAAUAUUUUGAAAGUAUAAUUUUUUUUUUUUAUGUCAAAGUCUACGUAUUUUACUUGAUCUAUAUAACAGAAAGAUGCCUCCUAUGAUGAACAAAGAUGCAUUUCUAUGGUACAUAACUUUAAUUUUAAUAUUGCAGCUCAUGUGAUCCCCAAUCACUGCCCCAUUUUAUUUAUUUUUUUGCACCCUACUCAUUUUAGAGUAUUGCACAUUUGUCUCCUAGGAGUAAAUGAGACUUGCUUAUCAUAAAGGUACAUUUAUUUUAAAUCUGCUAUGUAUGGUGGAAAUAAACAUAGGGUACACUUUUUU